AUGUUUAGGGAUGCCCGGAAUGCAGGACAGCGCCCUAACUGGCUGGGUGAGCACAUUUGGAACUCUUUACUGGCCCAUUGGAAUACAGUAGAGUUCCGCAAUAAGUGUGCCAAAGCCCAGCGGAACAGAGCGUCUGAAAGGGGUGGCACCCUGCAUACUGGUGGGUCGAUCACCAUUCAUGAGCAUGCCAUUCGUAUGGCACAGGCUCUAGGACGGGCGGUCCAUGUUGAUGAGGUCUUUGCACAAACUCAUGUUCGGAAGGGAACUAAUCAAUUUGUUGAUGAAAGAUCUCGGAAGACUCAUGAAGACUUUUCUACGAGACUUUCACAGGUUAGAUCUGAACAUGAGUCAGCUCCUACACCGGAUGCUACCAGUAAUGCAGAUGAUGACAUCCGUAGGACGCAGUGCUGGAUCGACACCGUUGGUGGGAAGAAAAAGGGACGAGUGUCUGGGUUGCAGAGGGAAAACCAUUUCUCUGAAACCUGCUCUGCAUUUUACCGAAGGCUUUUGCCCUUCGGUAAAUGCCCUCGUCUGCCCAUUACCGAAGGCUUCCGCCCUUCGGUAAAUACCCUCGAAUGCUCAUUACCGAGGGCUUCUGCCCUUCGGUAA